AGGUGUGUUCAUAAAAACGAACAACUACAUAGCAUUUAUUUUUCGCUCUUCUCUCUUCUAUUCAGCCACUGCUCACACCAUGAGUGCCGAGAAGAAGAAACUGAUUGGCAGAUUACGCCUAUUUUUCACUAAUGCAAAACCAUACCUCUUAAUGAUUGGCUUGCAAUUUGGCAUGGCUGGAAAUUACAUCUUCGGCAAGGAUGUUCUUAACCAUGGCAUGAGUCGUUUUGUGUUCAUUGUUUACCGAAAUGCUAUGGCCACCAUUGCUCUUGCCCCUUUUGCAUUCUUUAUUGAAAGGAAAAGUAGGCCUAAGAUGACACUUUCAGUCUUUCUACAGAUAAUAGUCCUUGGAUUCCUGGAGCCAGUUUUUAAUCAAAGCUUCAAUUACUUGGGGAUGAAGUAUACUUCGGCUUCAUUCACAUCUACUAUUGUGAACGCUGUGCCCUCUAUCACCUUUGUGCUUGCAGUCUUCGUCCGGUUGGAGCGUCUAAGACUUGCGGAGAUUCGGAGUCAAGCCAAAGUGAUUGGAACCAUAGUAACCUUUGGAGGUGCUUUGCUAAUGGCAAUUUACAAAGGUCCUGCAUUCGACCUUUUUCAUUCUGAAAGCACAACCCAUCAUGAAAGUGGAAGCACCUCCCCUCACAACAGCCACCAAACUGCUGGUGCUAUUUAUAUACUAAUGGGUUGUGUGGCUUUGUCGUCUUUCUACAUUUUGCAGUCUAUGACGGUAAAGAGAUACCCAGCGGAGCUAUCAUUGGCAACGUUGAUAUGCCUGGCGGGAACCGUGGAAGCGUCUGCAGUGGCAUUUGUGGCUGAACGUCACUCCCGAGCUUGGGCUGUUGGUUGGGAUUAUAGGCUCUAUGCUCCUUUUUACACGGGAGUAGUUAGUUCAGGAAUUGCAUACUAUGUUCAAGGGCUGGUGAUGAAACUAAGAGGCCCCGUAUUUGCAACAGCCUUCAAUCCUCUUUGCAUGAUCAUUGUUGCUGCUUUGGGCUCCCUUAUAUUAGGAGAACUGCUUCAUCUCGGAAGUAUUAUUGGAGGCAUUGUAAUCGCAGUGGGGCUUUACUCGGUUGUGUGGGGCAAAGCCAAGGAUUAUUCAGAACCCAAAUUACCAUCAGCAAAUGCAGAAGACACAAAAUCACUGCCAAUUACUGCAACUGAUGAUUCCAAAAUUGAUAUUAUUUAUGGGAAUUUAGAAAAACAACCAUCAACCAAUCAGAAAUUAGAGGAGACCAACAAAGUGGGGGACGAAAAUUAAAGAGUUGAAUGUUGUGAAGGUUUAAUUGACUAAUCAAUGAUUCCAAUGGUCCAUCCACAAUGUUUGGAGAGAGUGAAAGUGUCACGUGUGAACUACCAGGAAUGCAUUGCCUCAAGUCAAAUAUCAAUGUUUACAAAGAAUCUGAGUCUAGGCAACUUUAUUCCAGAGAUUAGGCCAUAUAGCUACCAAUAGUAUUCCUCUCUCUCUCUCUCUCUCUCUCUCUCUCUCUAUAUAUAUAUAUAUAUAUAUAUAUAUAUAUGUUGCAAUUAGUUUUGAACAAGCAAUUACCUACGUUCUGUUUGUUGUUAGAGUAGAUAAUGUAUUUCAUUACUUCUGUAACCUAUGUAUGAUUAAGGCAUACAGUAAGAAUUAGUUUGAAUGUUCUCUCUUUAAUACUCACGUGUGAUCACCACAAAAAUGGAAUUGUGCCAA